ACCAGGGAGGCAGGCGCCUGGGCUCUUUGGAGUGAGAGUGGGAAGAACUGGAGGGACACCACUUUGCUCUUUUGGAGGCGUCAGACAGUCGGCUGUUUCACCGGUAAAAUCUCCUUAAGUCCUGAGAUUUAAGGAAGUAAAAACUCAGCCGAGACCCAGUAUGAGGCUGGAAGGACAUCAGCAGACCCGAGUUCCUAUCGGUUGAUUUAUCUGCUUUAAAAACUGUUCUCAGAGUCCAAAACCAGAAACAUGACGGAGAGAAACAAAGGCUGCUUUAUCGUCAGGCACACACCUCAUCCCAGAAGAGUUUGCCACAUCCAAGGUUUGAACAACGUCCCCAUCUGCACUGUGAAGGAUGACUUGCCCAUCAGAAUGCUGUGCUGCCCUCGCCAGUUAAGUCCUUCACAGAAGAAUGAGACAACACUAGCAAAAGUCAGUAACCCACCCAGAAGCGCAUCCCCAGAGAGCCUGAGUAUCCGAGGAGUGUCACCAGCCAAAAACAAAGUGCCCGAAAGGCCUCACUCUGAGCCAUUUAGAAAAAUCAAUCAUAACUUCAGAACUUCCAGAGACAAUCCCUUGGUGAAUAAGAAGGAUGAAUAUAAACCUAAAAAGCCACUAGUAGCCUCAAGGAUGUGCUCUGGGGCUGCCUCCCCGUCCUCAGAUGUGAUGAACACCAGAAUCAACAGGAAUGAAAACACUGUGUGCAUACCUAACUACCUGGAUCAGGAGAUAAAGAUCCUGUUGAAGCUCUGUGACAUUUUACAUACUGAUUCUCUGACAGAGGUUCUGGACUGGCUGCUUCAAGCAAGUAACAAAGAAAAGGAGUGGUUAUCAGCUCUGAUUCAUUCUGAACUAUCUGAGAUAAACCUAUUGACUCGCCACAGAGUGAACACCCCAGAGCCAGCUGCAGAGUCCAGGAAGUCACCCACCUCUGUAACACCCACAACCAAACUGCUGCAAAACUCACAUGCCAAGCUGAAAGCGCUGCAUGAAUCUAGAGAAGAGCAUCAGCCUCUCAGAAUGACAAGUCAAGGAUCCGAAGGAAACAAGAUGGCAUCAAAAGGAGCUGAGACCCCACUGUUUAUAAGAAGAAAUAAGAAAUUGCCUGUUACAGAAUAUUUCAACAAUCCAAAGUCUCCUUUCAAGCCCAACACUCAGGAGAGCAGAUCAGCAAGACCAAUGUCAGUAAGGAGUGUGCAAGGCUACAGCCCUCAGAGAGCACUCUAUCCCUUAACACAUGGAAGGGAGAAGUGAACACUAGGUGGUCCUUUCACAAAAGUGGACUUCACACUGACAGAACAUCAACGUAGUUUAAAAAUGACCAAACAGUCCUCUAUCUGGUGGCACAUGUAAGUCUCAAAAACACUUACAUAUAAUGCUAGAAAUAAAUAUUAAUGAAGACUAUUUCUAUUUGUAGUUGUAAUAUUUGUAGAAUAAAUACACUUAUUUAAAUGUCA